AUGAGUUCAUCCGGGUUGAACGUGACCUCUGUGACCUCAUCGUCAGUGACGCUGGACGGUCUCGUGCAGCUGUCUGAUCACAGGUGGCUCUUCUUCUCCGUGUUUUCGGCGGUCUACCUGUUCGUGCUGUGUAGUGACGGUCUGGUGGUUUACGUCAUCUGUUCUCAGCGGAACCUCCCCCGCCCGAUGUUCGUGUUCGUUGCCGCGCUUCUGCUGAACUCUCUCGCCGCUAGUGCGUCGAUUUAUCCCAAGCUUUUGACGGACCUACCGUCCGGUCGCCGCUUCGUAGAGGUUUCCCGCGCUGCUUGUCUGUGUCAGGCCUUCGUGGUGGGCUCACUGGGCGGCUCCGGCUUCAUGCUGCUAGCGACCAUGGCCUUGGACCGCUACCUGUCCGUCUGCCGCCCGCUGCGCUACGCCGCGCUGUUGACUCCUGCCGCAGUGUCGGCGCUGCUGCUGUUCUGCUGGCUGCUGCCCGCAGGCGUGGUAGGCGUCGCGGCGCUGUUGGCCGGCCGCCUGCCGCUCUGCCGCUCUGAGCUCAGCAGAGUUUACUGCAACAUCUACAGCUUCGUCAGCCUGAGCUGCGGCGGCGGCGCGGCGCAGCUGCUCAAUGUGUACGGCAUGGUGAGCGCCGCGGCCGUCGUCUUCCUGCCCGCCGCCUUCGUGCUCUUCUCCUACGGCAGGAUCCUCUCCAUCUGCCUGCGCCGCUCUCGGGCCUUCAGCAGCAAAGCGCUUCACACCUGUCUACCGCACCUGCUUGUCUUCAUCAACUACUCUCUGAGCUUCGCCGUGGAGAUGCUGCUCCAGCGGCUGGGGGCCGGGAGCGGUCCCGCCACCUCCGUCCUGGUCUCCAUCCUGUUGUUGGUGAUCCCGACCCUGUUCAACCCGGUGGUGUACGGACUGAAGAUGAAGGAGAUCUUCACACACAUGAAGAGGCUGCUGAGCUGCAGCAGAGCUGAUUGAUAAGUGUGAUCGAUAAACAGUCUGAUCAGUGUGACUGAUAAACAUCUGCAUUCUGAGUCUCCAGCUGUUUCACUGUGAGCUGCAGUAAAAGGAAAUGUAAAAAUACUGACACAUCAGUAAAUAUGAGUCCAGACAUUUAUUUUGAUAUUUUUCCUUCCUGACUUUUCAUCAGUUUGGACCUUUUUCUGGCAGAAGUGAACUUCCCUAUAGAUGAGACACAAACCAGUAUUACA